AUGGUUCAAGCUUCGGAUCUACCAAAUCCAAAAGAGCGGAACCGAAAGUCAAAACGGAAAAUGAAUAAUUCUAUGAGGUUUCGGAGAUAUUUUAUGAUGUCAGAUGGAUCCGAAGCCGAACCAAGAGUCUCGGGCGGAGGAUCCAGAAGAGUAAACAGAAAGGAUAAAAAGUCUGGUUUCAUAAGGUACUUUCAACCAUGCUUUGGAAAGACUUCACUAGAAGAAACUGAAUCCAUGGACUCUUUUGAAAAGGGUGAGAAAAAGAAAAAACACAAUCCUAUGGAGGGUCUUCUGCCGCUGGUUUUCAGAGCAAUCAAGAGAAACAAAACUCGAAGCCAAUAUGAGUGCCUUUCAUCAGGGUCUGCUCUCAGCUACAACAUCAGCAUGGCUGAGAUGUACCCUCAAACUCAGGACCAUGUCCUCCGGAACCAGACACCACCAACCCAGAAAGUGUUUCAUCAUGAAGAUCACAACUUUGGUCACCGCCGACACAACUCUGUUGGAGAUUUGAGUAAUGGUUUUCAAUCCACUCAGAUGAAAACAGGUGUUGAUUCCUCCUCUUCAAACAAACUGGUGAGGUUUAGGAGCCAGAGACUGUUUUCAU